AUGAUAGAGACACAAAAGUUAUUAGCCGUAUGGGAAGCUAAUUGUGCACUAAAAGAUGUAAGGAUCCGAUGGUACGAAAUUAAAGAAAAUAAUGACGUGAUAGAAUUAUUGAACAUUUCGAAUGUCCUUGCCCCAACAGAAAUAGAUAGCUCACACCAUGUGUACAAGGCGACAAUAGGCCCAUUCACGACCGUUUCAAAAUAUGCGUACGAGAUUGUUCACAAGAUAGAUGAAAAAAGACAGGCCGAUGUAAUUUCUUCAAAUUCCUUCAAACUAUUUCCUGAAAAUUCCAUCACAUCAUACCCCAUUAAGAUAGUUGCUUUUUCAGAUAAUCAAUUCGGUCUUCCCAUCUUUAAUCGUCUUGUACAAUUGGCUCACAAGAAACACACUCCAAACUUUGUUCUUCACGCAGGCGAUGCAGUUCAACAUUUUAAAAAUCUUCAACAAUGGCAGACUGAUUUUUAUGAUCCGUUGACGAAUCUUCAGUCUCCGUUACAAACGCCACUUAUUUAUGCCCGCGGCAAUCAUGAUCACGACCCUACACGCAUGUAUGCGUAUACAACCGAUGUGCUUUGGUAUUCAUUUUCAUUGGCCAACACUCGUUGGAUCGUGUUGGACAGUAAUGUUGAUGAUAAAAGACAAGACGAGUGGUUAGCUCAAGAGCUUUCAUCUUUGGAUGCACAAAAGGCAAAAUUCAUAAUAGUAGUUGUGCACAUUCCACCCUUUGUAGAAUUUUGGGAUCCUGAAACUUGGCACGGGAAAAACGAAAAACAUUGGGGGGAAUUUGUACGUACAAGAUUUGUUCCUCUGUUUCGUAAGUAUGAUGUAGACUUGGUGAUAAGUGGUCAUCAACAUAAUUAUCAACGCGGUCAAUUGGAUGGAACCGUGUACACUAUCAUUGGCGGCUCCGGAGGGGAAUUGGAUCGUGUGAGAGUGGAGGAUUGGAAGAUGUACGUCACCACCAAGGAAACGUACCAUUAUGUGUUAAUGGAAAUAUGGGCAGAUAAAAUCUACUGGGUUUGUUACGAUUUGAAUGGUUCCGUGAUUGAUAAAUUCGAGUUGGGUAAAUGA